AUGCUGAAAACCUCUCGGCUUUUCCUUUCAACGGCUUUCAGACAGCACUCUGAAAUCAAUGCAGCAGCACCCAAUGUGCUUUUAAAGCUCAGCUCUGAAGAGUCUCUUUUUGCUAAACGGCUUGGAUUUUCAGUCGAUGAUUCGUCUUUUUCAUGUAAUCCAACCGAUGGGUCAAUUGUGAGUCCACAUUUCAUUAUCCAGACGUUAACGCACAAAACCUACAGGGAUGGCCGAGCAUUUUUUGAAACUUUGCCUGCUGCCAAGUAUGUAGAAACUUUGAAGGAUCCGGCCAAGAUUUCCAUCAAAGAUCUUUUAGUUCAAAACCAAGGAAAUAUAUCGAUGCAAAAGUGCAUCUCUUUUCUUGACAUUCCAGCGACAAAAACAGGAAUUGCAAAAGUUGUUGCCGAGGAAACCAUAUAUGCUUCCAUUGGAGCUAUUCUCCUGCGAAAAGGUGCCCAACAAGCGAGGGCAUUUCUUUCUACUUUUGCAUAG